GACUUAAAGUGUAAUAAACUGUAAAGGUUAUUGUAUGAAGACUCAAAUCGAGGCAUCGUCAUCUCUGUGUAUUACGGUAGUUACGUUACUACUGCACGCCUUCUGCGUGUUUCCCCAAGUUUCAGUUUAUCAACAACAAGCUGCGCUCACAGUGAGGACCGUGGUUUAAACGCAUUUAAUCAGGGAAUUGUACAACAAAACGAUGAUUAUUUUAUUCACUAUAAGCAUUUUUUAUGACUGAUGAUAGACACGACAACAUCGAUGCGAGAUAAACUCUGAACUUUUGGAUAUAAAUUAUUCCGGAAGACAGAUUCCAGAUACAGUAUGCUGCAAUCGAAACUCAAAAUUGGAAUCUAAAAGGUGAAGGGUGCGGUUUAAACUCCUGAAGUGGCCAUGGCUUCAGACAGGCACUUCAUCCAGUGGCUGAGAAUCGAACCCGGGCCUUUCAUGUGGCAGGCGAAGCACCUACCACUGAGCCACCAGUGCCCUGUUACAAAUCCAAUAACACAUGAGGAAAAGUAAACGUUGACUAUUUCUGACACUUCAACCUUACCAUGGCCCUGGCAGCCAUCCCAGAAUGGAGGGAUAAGAUGGCAGGACAGCAGCAAGUGGAGGAUGAGUUUACCUGCCCAGGUGUGUUGCAGGGGCCUCUGCUGUCCCUGAAACCCACAGUGGAGAGAGUGUUUGGUGUGACUUUGAGAACUGGUGGGGAAGAUAUUUCAUAUUCUUCUCAGGAUGGACAAAUUUGGCUCCACCUUAACGGAAGAAAGGAAGAAGUUGAAGCAGCAAAGCUUUUUAUAAAAGGUAUUGUGAACCAAGAGGCUCAGAAAGAAGUUCAAUAUCCACAUGUCCUUCAUUGUGUUUUCUGUGGUGCCAAGGGGUUGUUUAUAGACUGCCUGGUUAAAAAUACCUCAGCGCAUAUAGUGGUGGGUUCAGUGGGUUGUCUACUAAUUUCUGGGUUGGCCGAGCCUGUUGUGAAGGCCUACUCGCUUGUCAUUGAUCUAGUAGACAAGUACAGUACUAGCCAAACGCGAUCCUCAGAGGCAAGAAGUGAAUCUAUGGAUUCUCGUCUGGCCUUCAAAUCCCUGGUGGAAAGAUUGGAGGACAGUCACACCUUAGAACUGUUGGUCCUACCAGUGAUGGUUAAAGAAGUUCUUCUGGACUUAGUUAAGCAGUCAGGACUAGAUCCAAACACUUUGGACAGUGGGGUAGUGUUAGUCGGACCCACACAACCUCUCACCCCUCAGGAGCGUGUAGAUAGACUGAUGCUAAGAGAAUUUAAGGAAAAGCAAAACCUUGACAUUUUAAAUAGUGCCACCAAUUUUCACAGAGAAAAUGGGACACCUUUUAAUAACUUUGAAGAUUAUAGACCCAAUGAUACUGGAAAACAGGAUGAUCAAACAGAGUCUCCAACCCCUUUCUUCCGAAGUUUCAUGCCAGGCACGGAACCAAGGCCUAUGGCCGCAAGCGCAAAUGUAAAGAAAAAAGGCAGCAUAGUUCAAAAGUGGUCUGAAGGAGUGCCUCUUGAUAGAGAGGAGGAAGAAGAGUCAAAUUUUGAAGAUCAACAUGGAGAAAACCUUUUGUCCACCACAAGCAAACAAGAAAACGAGCACCUGCUUAAAUUCUUCACUGCCAUGGGCUUCAACGAUGAGGUUGUAUGCAGAGUUUUGGCCCGUACAGGACCCAGAGAACCCUCCCAGGUUCUUGACCUGAUCCAGCAAGAACAAGAUAAAACGAUGACUCAGAUCAUAAAGCAGGAGGUGAAUGGGGCUCCCAAGGCCAGAAAUGAGGAUUUUGUUCUUGGUGUGAUGAAGAAAGCAGCAGCCAGCUGUGGGUACAUGGAGGAUAAGGUGGCUGAGAUUUACAGCAACCUCCCUGAAUUAAAACCACAUGAGCUGAUCCUGGAACUACAGAAAAAGGAGAUGAGAGAAGCCAGUGCUAGGAAAGAAAGCAACAGCAUGAACACAGAAGAAAUAGAGGAACAGGGGAGAAAUGCACCCAUUGUUCGAAGAGACAAAGAAAGCCCUUUAAAGGAAAAGAAGAAAACUGCAAGAAUUAUUGAGAAGAGUGGAAUGACAAAUAUAGGAAAGUCUGAUAAUGAAAAAAGAGUAAGUUCAGAAGGGGUGCCUAAAAAGAAGCAGGACGUGGAGACACAUGAGCAGGGAAGGUCAAAUGUUGGGCAGAGGACGCCAGCACACUUAACUGAGCGUGACAAGAAGGACUUGGCAAGCAGUAAGCCAGAUAUUUUUCUAUCUUCACGAAAUCAACCCCCAUUUUAUACCAAUCUGCCUUCUGUAUGUGGGCCUCCUCAGCCAACUUACCCAUCUCCACUGUACACCAAAAUCUCAGAAGAAAACUCUAACCCAGUAGAGCCCACUUUCCACAAGCCUAAACAUAAGCCUUUACCAAACAAAGCAGGCACAGUCAUCACUGGACAGCAACGAUUCUUGGAAGGAUUAGAGACACCCUUUGUCCUCCAGCUGAAGGAUGACCAUGGUGACCCAGGGCUCCGGCAGAUCAUCAUCGAUGGGAGCAAUGUUGCUAUGACGCAUGGCUUGGGGAUAUUUUUCUCCUGUCGGGGCAUUGCUCUGGCUGUGGAGUACUUCUGGAACCAAGGUCAUCGCAAAAUCACAGCAUUUGUUCCUCAGUGGAGACAGAAGAAAGACCCAAAGAUAAAAGAGCAGCACUUUAUGGCACAACUGCAGGAUCUUGGUCUCCUUUCGUUUACCCCAUCUAGAGAGGUUGAAGGACAGAGGAUAAAUUCCUAUGAUGACAGAUUUAUGCUUCAACUUGCAAGGCAGACAGAUGGAGUGAUUGUAACAAAUGACAACAUGAGAGACCUUGUGGAUGAGUCUGUUGGAUGGAGAGAAAUCAUCAAGACAAGGUUACUCCAGUACGUAUUUGCAGGCGACCUCUUCAUGGUGCCAGAUGAUCCUUUAGGCCGAAGUGGACCCCACAUUAAAGACUUCUUACGGACACAGACCAGGGCCCCUGUUCCAGGCAGUCACACAUUUGCCGGCAUGCCAUCAAAUUUCCCCCAACCCUCCCAUCAACCCAGAGCCCAAACGGAAGUGCUGAAGUACCGUGAAAGGACACCUGGGGGCAUCAGCAAAACUCAUUGUUCACUCAGGAGUCCUUAUCAGGGGCGAAAAGAGAUAGAGAGGUCAGCGGAGGAGACGCUCAGGCUAAAACAAGAUUUAGUGCAGAUUUUCCCGGGGCAGGAGAGUGUGAUUACAAUGACUCUACAGUGCUACCCAGCUCUUACAGACAUCAACCAAUUAUCCGACUUUAUCCUGGAACAAGUAAAUACAAAGGGGUAGAUGACAAUGAAUGCGAGUUUGAAUUUUGAAAAUCAGAGUCUUGAGGGAACAAGAAACUGAUCUUGACAUUAAAACAUAAAUUAAUAAGUGUGUUUACCGUAAAAAGCUGUGAAUAAGUAAAUAGAUUGUUCAGUGGCUUACAGUAAAAAAAAAUUAUAAUAAUAAUGUGUUGUUUUUUACUAAAUGUUUUUUAUUUAAACCUAAUAAUCCUGUGGAAUCUUGUAUUUCUUCUAGCUCUAUUUCCCUAAUUCCUAUUUAAUGUGUGGGUCACUGAGCAAAAGCGUAAUUAAGUAAUAUUUAAUCCGACUCUUAACAUAAAGUAGUAUUUCUUUUGAUUUUGUAAUGCUGCAUAUUAUGGACAUUUUAACUGAUGUCAAGGAACAAUUAUACCAAUCAAUGCAGUGCCAUUGGUUAUAUUCUUUUUAAAAUGUUUAUUACUUUUUAUAAGUCCAACAAUAAAAUUUACACUUUAAAAAUAA